AUGUGUCGCAACUCGAAUAUAUUUAGUGUUUUUACCAUUGCGCUGUUGUUUUUCACGACGCAACAAGCAACAGCAAGCGAUUCACCAGCAGAAGGUGGUAAAUAUUGUCCGAAAAUAUGCACUUGCGAUAUUGUCGAAGAAUUAAAGCGUGCUGAUUGUAGCAAUGAAAAGCUCAUCAACACGUAUACCGACGUUCCGCACAAUGUUGAAAUCCUCGAUCUUAGCAUCAACAUCAUAUCCUCGAUUGAAAACGAUAAUUUCAAGCACUACGACAACCUGGUGAAGUUGUUUCUCUCGGAAAACUCCAUUCAAACGAUUUCCCUGGAUGCAUUCUCCAACCAACGCCGGAUGACGACGCUCGAUCUCUCCCACAACAGGCUGGAGCAUCUGAACGAGCAGCUGUUCGAACGCAACGAGCUGCUGGUGGAUCUGAAUCUGUCCAACAACAAUUUCAUGAUGCUACCGGACAGACCCUUCCUCAAAAGCUACUCCAUUACGUUUCUGCAUCUUGCUGACUGCCGCAUACCGCACAUUUCCGACACGAUGUUUAUCGAUCUGCCCAACCUGCAAUGGUUGGAUCUGACGAAGAACAUCAUGAACAGCUUGAGCAAGACACCGUUCGGUCAUCUGCGCCGGUUAAACUCGAUCUUUUUGAACGAUAACCGUUGGAACUGCAAAUCGGAAGCGGUACGGAGCACGGUCAAAUGGAUGAAAAACCGCAUCCCGAUGGUAACCGUUGAAAGUUGCUUGCUAGUCGAUGCCAGCUUUCAUGGUAACAAGUUUGAGCGCAUUCAGGAGGACCCUUUCAUGGCUGCCAAAAAAGACGAUCGUGUAGAUGUUGCAAUUGAGCAGGUGUGGGGAACGGGAUCGCCAAGAUCACAGGCACCCCAACCCGAUCCCAACCUUUGGCCGGAACUUAUGAACUGGACGUGCUCCUACGGUGACGCUGGUAGUGAACAAUCCACAGAAUCCUGUGAACAGUUCCUCCAGUGUCAGCGAAAGUAUGGCGAUUUGUACCACGCGUACAAGCAGCUGCUCCCGCGAAAACACAUCCAGUCUAGUAGCUACAUCCGAAACGGAACGUUCCUCGGAGGUAUGCUAGUGGGGAUGCUGUUUGGGUCGUUCACGACGUACACAAUCUACUGGAUGGUGCGGUGCUGCCGGAAACGAGCAGCGCAGAAGAAAGCUAAUCAACCACCGGACCAAAAACGCCUGCAGCGUGAACUGCAUAGGGAAAUUCGAGAUCGCAAUCGGUUCGAACAUAGCCGUCUGAAUGAGUCUCCGGUGUUGUCACGAAGCGAACGAUUCCCUGGGCCAACGUCUCAGCAGAAUACGAUUUAUCAGAACCACGAGCAAACGAGACAGUUUUUAGUCAAACUCUUCUCCAAACGCAAUCCACGAUACGUUCGGAGUAAUUCACAGCUGAUCAACAUGAACAACCGAUACGUACCACCGAUCCAAACGCGCGAAACGCAACCCGAUCCCAGCGUGUCUCCUAACGUGAUCCGUCCUAUCUCGUACCCGGAGGAACUAUGGGCAGAACAAAACAUGGCUAACAACGAACGGGAACAAAUGUUGCAGAACAAUCCCGAGCAACCCACGUGGAUAAGCAUUCGACCGACAUCGCCGGGAACGCUGCUGCGUAGCUCUCGAAUGGGAGAGAGAUUGCCGGCAUCUAAUGAAAGUCCACCUCCUACGUACGUUGAGUGUACGUUAAAUAUGACACCAACGGAAGAGAGAGUUAGCAUGUACUAGCGAAACAAAGAUAUUUAAAUUAUAGUAGGGCUAUUUGUAACUAAGUUGUACGUAAUAUGUGAACGAGAUUAACUUGAAUAUAACAUAGGAUGUGCCUUGCAAAAUAUCAUAACCGACUGGACAGACUGCAACGAUAGU